ACUGUAAACCAGAAACACACUUGGUAACUCAUAUGUAUCCACAUCAGACACGAUGUCUGGUUUAAAGUCAGUGAGUUUAGGCUGCUUGUUGAAAUUCCUGCUCCUUGUUUCUUCACUGGCAGUGCUUGGUUUAUUUUUCCAGGAAAUAAACCAUUGUCCAUUAACAUCUCUUCAAAGGCACCAUGAAAGUGAAGAAGCUGAAGAACACGAAGAUCUGGAUGGAGCACGUAAAUGGAACUACGACCCCAUGCCCAAAGUCAACGUUCAGCCACAGUCAUGUUCCUGUCCAAAAAAAUCAUUCAAUUUAAGCACCUACGUGAACAAGGAUAACUUCGGUGACAUCGUCAGACGGAGAGCUGAAGAAUAUGAAAAGUAUCAGAUAAGAAAAGAGUCGAUACUAAAUCAACUUCUGUUGGCUCCACCAAACUCCCCUCUGCAAUAUCCAAUCCAAGGAUUCAUUGUGAGUCCUCUCAAAAAAGGCAUCAUUCCAGGUUUAGGCGUGCACGGUGUGAAAAAACAAAACUUCCAGGUGACACUGAGCGUGAGCAGUGGUGUUCUGGCAGUGGAAGGUCUUCAGGAAAAGGACCAAGUGCAGGGACAGGGUGAGAUGGUUCUCUCCAUUUCUACCUCCAGCCUGCAGUCUCUCAAUGACCUGCUGGGUCGGGUCUCCUACAGAAGCACUGUGUACAGCAUCAAGUCUGGAGACCUGGUACACUUCAACUUUGGGCAGUACAAGGCCAUCUUCCCGGUUGUGAUCCGACAGCCUACAGUACCAGUUCUGUACGACUUUGGAGAAGAUGUCAACUCUCAAGUAACGGUGACAACUAAGACCUUCCUGAGGUACCCUGAAGUGAACCGUCUCGUCAAAAGCAUUAGAAAGUUUUACAAAGACAUCAAAAUCAUCAUUGCGGACGACAGCCUAAACCCACAGAAAGUGAAUGGAGACAACAUUGAGCAGUACUUCAUGCCACCUGCCCAGGGCUGGUUUGCUGGCAGGAACCUUGUCGUCUCGCAGGUCACCACCAAGUACUUUCUGUGGGUGGACGAUGACUAUGAGUUCUCAGAGAAAACAAAGAUAGAGAAAUUUGUAGAAAUCAUGGAGUCUAUGCCUGAACUGGAUGUGGUAGCAGGUUCGGUGGGCUGGCUAAAAAAUUCGUUCAAACUCGUCUAUCACGAGGGGGAUGAGGAAGGCGGCUGUUUGACCAGAGUGAGGGGGAACUACCAGCGCAUUCCAGGCAUCCCAAACUGCUUCUUCACCACGGGGGUGAUCAACUUCUUCCUGGCCCGGACCGACGCCGCACGCAGGGUGGGCUUCGACCCACUGCUGAAGAGAGUGGGCCACUCAGAGUUCUUCAUGGACGGGCUGGGAGAGCUGCUGGUGGCCAUAUGUCCUGACGUCGGUCUUAACCACCAGCGUCGGAGGGCAAAUCCUCAAUAUCGCAAAUUUCGGAGGCCACCCAGAAAUGAUACUGACAACAAACUCUACCUCCACUUUUUCAAGAACCGUCUGAAAUGUAUGAAGUGGUGAAAAUGUGGAUUGAAGACACACAUAUGAGUACUGUGGAAGUAGAACUGAAUGUAGAACUGCACCUUGAUGCUAUUUUGGCUUGCAGCUACUAUGUUUUUGUUUACAAAAUCAUGCACACUUUUGUUUGUGGAAGGUACAGUAUGUAGGAUACACACUACUGCACAUAUUUCUGUUGUUUAUCUCAUUUCAUGUGGAAUUUGUGGAAUAUUAUGGAUUGUGUGGUCUUAAUAUUGCUUGAACUUUUUGAAUACAUUGUUACUGGGAUUCCAGAUUCUACCUACGUGCCUGUAAAAUCAUUUUGGGAUACAGAGUGUUGUGGUGUUUCAUCAUGGAACUGUGACAUUCAUAUAUAUACAUCAAAGGGAGAGCCACAUG